AUGGAAGCGCUUUCCUGUAGAGCCUGCCCAAGCGAUCCAAGUGGUCCACGCCUUCGCGGUCUUCGUGCCCCAAGAGCCUCAAGCGACCUGAGGAGGGCUGUGGACUCAGUAGCCUGUGGCCGGGGUCAACGCUCUCGUCGCUGGAUGCAGUGGCAGUGGCCGCUGGCCGUGAUGCUACUGCCAGAAGCUGCCGUGGGGCAGGCUCCCGGCAAGGCCUGCCAAUGCGACUUUGCAGACAACAACUGGAUCCACGAGAUAACUUCCAUGCUGCAGCAUGUCGAAGACCUUCCCAACGUCUUGCAGAACCCUGAGGCCUCGUCUACAAAGUGGAUCCUCAGUCAGUCAUGCGAGGAAGAUGCUUCCAAGUUUCCGAAUACGGAUUUGGCAUUUGACCUUCAAAACCAGGAAGUCAAGUGCUUGCCAGAGCACACAGGUAUGUCAAUGGUCUGUGCACAGCAAUGGAUAGCCAAGAAGUCAUUGAUGGGAGUUGUCAAGUGGGUAACGAGGAUCAAUGAGCUUUUGCAGCUUGUGGCAGGCUGCAUGGAUGCUCAUAGCCCCAUUCCCUUCCGUGCCAACGAUUUCCAGACCUACUUGGAACGAUUUGCUGGCGGCGUGCCUCCCCCCCAGCAUCCGUCCUUCGUUCAGACACUCGCGUGGCCAACGAAGGCAAGCAGGAAAACAGCAUCUGAGACGAAGCUCCCUUUCCUGGACUGCAUCCCAUUGAAAGACCCUACGUGCUUCCCAAAGCAUACCUCCAAUCCAUUUGAGAGCUGCUCCGAAUGCUGCAACCGGAAUCGUGGCCCCACGGGUCAGGUUCAGUGUUGGCAGUCGGGCUUCGACUUCGCUCGGUGCUGUGCCUCGGAGGCCGCAGAGGGCUCCGAGGCUGCCAGCUGCCCAAACCCGGACGCAGCCCUGCAGAAGAGCCUGGAAGAGGAGAGGCUGAAGAAGCAAGAGAUCUCGAAGGAGCUUGCGCAGUGCCAGACACACCAAGAGGAGGCAAAAGCCCAAAAGCAUGAGGCAGAGAAGGCGACAGACCUGGCAAAGACUCAGGCCGAAGCGAUGAAGUCGGAGACCGCCAAACUCAAGGAGACGGCGGAGGCGGCUGCUGCAGAAGUCGAAGAUCUGAAGAAGAAGCUUGCCGAAGCGGGUGCAAAAGCGAAGGAGCUCAUGGAGGAGGUGAAGAAGCUGCAAAGCGCUGCUUCCUCGGCAGAGGACCUGAAAAAGCUGCAGGCCCAGCUAAAGGAGGCAGAAGCAAAACGGCAGCAAGAAACCAAGAAGCUCCAAGACCAGUGCAACGAACAGGUUGCACAGAUGAACAAAAAGAAGGAUGCAGAGAUUCAGAAGAUGCAGUCUGAGCUCAAGGAGGCUGGCCAAGCCAAGCAGCUUCAGUCGGAUCUUCAGAAAGUUAAGACGGAUCUAGCAAAGGCCAACGAGAAGUCCAAGCAGGAUGCCAGUGAAAUCCAAAAGCUUCGGGCAGAGUUGGAGAAGAGCAAGGGCGACAAGGGCGACAAGGGCCAGGCCAACAAGGAGCUGGAAAAGCUGCGGAGCGACGUUGCCACGGCAAACGGCAAAGCCAAGCAAGAUGCUGCCACCAUCCAGAAGCUUCAGAACGAGCUGGUGGCCCAUAAACAGCAGUGCGAUACGGAGAAGAAGAAGAUCACUGGUGAUGGGGCCAAAGUGGCCGCCGAGUGCCAAACAAAAAGCAAAGCCGCAGAGGCAGAGCUGCAGAAGCUGCAAGUCGAGAUGAAGAAAAGGCAAACCGAGAAGGAGCUGUGCAGCCCGUUGUCUCGGACAUCCGACGAGUUGCAGAAGGAGCUCAAAAGUCUUCUGGGCAUGGGACCUGGACGUUGA